AUGGCGUGCUGCGUGUUCAACUUCGCGUUGACGCCGUUUUUCGAAUGCCUGCUGGAGGCCGGUUGCACCGACCCGAAUACGAUGAGCUCGUUCACCGGCCUUUACUCCAGAUCGCUGUGCGUCACGUGCUUCGUGUCGUACGCCGUGGCGUGGCGCAAACGCGGCACCGCGCUGGCCGUGUACCGCGAGCGGCUCGCGGCGCACGACGCCCGCUGGCCGGCCGCGGCCGCGGAACGCCGACGCCACGCGGCCGUCCGAUGCGCGGUGACGGCCGCGUGCCUGGCGCUCACCGUGCCCGUCAACGCGGCACGCCUGUACAUCCUGUACACGUCGGGCAUCGCCGACCGGUCGCUGCUCGUGGUGUUCUUCGCGGUCAUGUACGUGAUAAACAUUAGCGUGUGCAUGCUGGAGACACGGUUCGUCGGGCUGUGCUACGCGGUGUAUUUGAAGUUCGCGGCCGUCAAUCGGGACCUGGACGACAUCGAAGGGGCGAUCGCCGACGACGGCUGCCCGCCGUGCCGGAACGGGCCGGACGUCGCGCGGCGGCGCCGCGUCCGGGUCGCCCGAGACGAGGACGUCUACUACUGCAGCAUCGAUUCCGGCGCGGGACGGCCGCUGGUCGAGGCCGUCGAGGAGCUGAGAGUCAGGCACCGGCUGGUCCGCCAGGCUAUGGCCGAGCUCAACGACGCGUACGCCGUGCCGGUGGGCAUGACCCUGUGCACCCUGUGCAUAAUGACGCUGUUCGACAUGUACUACCACAUGACCAGCCUGGAGACGUCGUCGAAAACGUCCUUGUUCAUUUACGUGUGGCUGUUGCAGUACGGUUUCAGAUUUUUCGUCAUCGUGAAAACGGCUCACGCCACGACCAAACAGGUGGGCACGGACAACGGCUGUGACAUCAUUCGCGCGACUUAUUCUCCGGCACCGCGCCCGAGCGAAACGGAAACCGUCGCCGUAGACUGCCGUAGACAACGCGGGGUUACGUUGGGUCAGGUUGGGGGCUGGGCAGUCUUUCGUUUUAAUUCCGAAUCCGUCGUCAAACGUGUUCGCGUUACCCGUUAA